GCAGCAGCAGCAACAGCAGCCGAAGCGCCUUCCACGCAAGCCACGGUACGGCGUUGCCACCACGAGUGCAUCUACUGCAUGUACCUCCUCGAAUUGCAUUCAUCGCGAUUACUCUCUCCAGUUCGCUCCUCGGCGUUUGGGGAGUGCCAAUUCGUGACCUGAAUUCUCACUCGCCAACGUCCCACGUACGCAGUGGGCAGCGACCAAAGCUGAGGUGCCUACUGCAGCCCUAGAGCUCUCAGACCCUCUGAUCCCACCGUACUAUUAAUCCAGCUCGCAAACCGCACGCUCAGCCAGUGUGAAUCACGGGUAGCGACGAUGGCCACGGGACGGGACCCCCUCGGAGUCUCGGACGCUCGCUGGGCAGUCCACAGGCUCCUCAUAAGCCAGCCAGCGCAGGAGGUGUGCCGCUAAUAAACAACCUGAGCAAAGCUGUCCACGCGACGGACGGCCCUGGCCUGGACGGCAACGGGCAACCUCCCGUCCAUGCUUCCUCCCUCUCCCACCCCCCCUGCCCUGCCCCAAUCUCCACCAGUACUGCCCGCUGGUCCGUCCCCUGGCCCAACUGCAGUGGCUGGCGUCUGGCAUCUGACCUUGGGUUGGCGAACCCUCUGCUCCAUCUCAAUCUACCCCUGCUGCCCAACCCCAGAUCAGACCCAGUUGCCCGCCGCCCGCCCACCUAGCGACGACUCUUCGUUCGGCCCAUGCAUGUUGGAUCAAGUUGGCCCGUCGAGCGCGCGCGCCAACCCUGCCGUUGAUUGAGACCCGUGAGCGGCCCCGUCAAUAUCAUGCCCACAGCGUCCUCAUCUUCUGCCGCCGCCGCCUCCUCGACCCCCUUCCCUUCUCUCCCUCCUCUUUCCUCUCUUUCUGCCUCUUCUGCCCCCUCGGGCUCCGAUCCCGCCCCCAUCCCCGUCCCCGAGUCCCCCAUCUUCGCCGACGACGCCCGAUCCGCAGCCGCACCACUCGCUGCCUCCUCUGCUCGUCAAGGCCGCUCUGCCGGCGACGACAUUGAGAUGGAACCCAUCGCUGGACACCGCCGGCGGAAGAGCAGCUUGAUGAAUCCCAUCGGCACUCAAGCUGGCGGCUCCUCCCACGGCCACCGCUCGCGACCCUCCAUCAACAUGCCCCAAGAGUCCAAGAUAUUCGAAGACGGCGCCCCCGCGAGAACAGGCGAGUCCUCCAAGGACGACCCGGGCAACAAUAGCUCCAGUGACGAGGACCUCCACGACGAUGAGGAAAUGGGCCUCACGAGCAAGGAUCGCAGCCGCAAGCAAAAGAAGCGGCGGCGCAACACGAGGCUGGACAAUCGCGUCGCUCGGGAAAAGAUUUCGGCGGACGAGGUGAGGGAGGCGGACAAACUCGUUGUCAAGGACGUGGCAGUCAUUCUCUUGUUCAUUUUGCUGUGGUACAUUUUCUCCUUGGCCAUAUCACUUUACAACAAAUGGAUGUUCGACAAGAACAACCUCAACUUUGCCUUCCCGCUCUUUACAACCUCUUUCCACAUGCUGGUGCAGUUCUUUCUCUCCGGCACCGUUCUCUACUUCAUUCCUUCAUUACGGCCGCACAAUGGCCAUAGUUCCGAUGGCGGCAGAUCGCGCCACGAGAACGAGCCGAACAACGGUCCCCUCAUGACAAAACUCUUCUAUUUAACACGCAUUGGCCCCUGCGGCGUUUCGACAGGACUAGAUAUUGGGCUGGGCAAUGCCUCGCUCAAGUUCAUCAGCCUAACCUUCUAUACGAUGUGUAAAUCGUCGUCAUUGGCUUUUGUGCUACUGUUCGCAUUCGUCUUUCGGCUCGAAACGCCGACCUUGCGCCUCGUUGCCAUCAUUGCGACAAUGACCGCUGGUGUUGUUUUGAUGGUGUUCGGCGAAGUCGAGUUCAAGCUUGGCGGCUUUGUCCUCGUCAUCUCGGCCGCCUUCUUUUCGGGAUUCCGCUGGGCACUGACCCAGAUCUUGCUGCUGAGAAACCCCGCGACAUCGAACCCCUUCUCGAGCAUCUUCUUCCUGACUCCCGUCAUGUUUGUGACUCUCAUUUCUCUUGCCGUUCCGGUGGAGGGCGUCAGCGCCCUUUGGGAAGGGCUCAAGACCCUUACGAACGAGUGGGGUGUCGUCAUGACGCCGCUCUUCCUGCUUUUUCCUGGAUGCAUCGCAUUCUGCAUGACGGCGUCCGAGUUCGCCCUGCUCCAGCGCACCUCAGUCGUCACCCUGUCCAUCGCUGGCAUUUUCAAGGAGGUCGUCACCAUCUCCGCCGCCGCUCUAGUCUUUGGCGAUAAGCUCACCCUCAUCAACUUCUUCGGCCUCAUCACCACCAUAUCCGCCAUCGUCGCCUACAACUAUAUCAAGAUCACCAAUAUGCGCGAGAAGGCGCAGCAAGCCGCCCACGGUCGCCACGGCGAGGAGUCGCCGUCAUCGCCUACCAGCAACAGCGGGCUCGACAGCGAAGGCGACGACGACAGUGCAGAGGAGACGGCCGGUCUACUGCACGGCGGCGCCGUCUCGGGGCCGACUAUCAUCACCUCCGACGGCGACAUCCAGCCAAACUUGGCUAAGUCGACGGACGAGCGCAGGGAUCACAGAUCGGAGCAUGACGAGUGAUGUUGACAUGUGGGCAAGCACGAGCAUAUACAGUCCCUUUUUGAAGCGCGUUUUCGGUUUCUUUGGGUCGUUUUAGGGUUUUGUAUAAUGAUAGUUGUCGGGGGCCGCCCGCUGCGGCAAGACUUGUUCACAGUGUACCAUCAACGAUAGGCGAGGGGGGAGGAUAUUAGACUGGGGAGAUGCGAAGACGUGUUGGCGCGAGAGCAAGGCAUGGCUACGGAUGGGCAGUUGGCCGUCUGCAGCAUAGAGAAGGCACCCGCGUGGCCAUCGGCGCCGCGGGCACCGCGCUCCAUCGCGACCGGGAGGCAUGCUCAAUCAUCAUCAUAUAGUGGCGAGGCAAUGAGAUACCCCAAAAGAAUUCACGGAUUACUGGUUGAACGGAAAGCAUUUCGUUGCGUUUCAACGCUGA